AUGAGUGAAGACGGUUUUGCGGAAUUCGACGAAGAUGACGACCCUGAUGCCUAUUACCGCUACAGCUUCUACCAAACGAAGCCGGUCCAGGAUCCGCAGCAACUAGAAGAAGCCGAGAAAUGGGAAGAAACCGUUAUCCGAGUCACUGCUCCUUUCUCACUAAUUGCCAAGUGGUGUCAGAAUCGGUUCCCAGCGACUCGUCGCACUUGGCGUCGACGUUUGGCUGCAGUGACAGUUUUACUUUUCCUUGUGCUGGUUUUCACUGUGGCUUCAGUGUUGCAUUCACCGAGGUUGAGAAGGUUUAAUUUUGAUUCUCAACGUGCUCGAGAAGCUGGCAUGAGAGGCACGAACAAGAGGCAAUUGCAGGCAAAGUCCUCUAGCAUUUUGGAUGAAGCAAGAUCCAGACACCGUCAUGCUGCAGUUGAUGCUGGAAAAUUGCCAAAUGUGAAUGUGCAUCUCAAACAUCCCAUCAAUGUGAGGUCAAUCAAUGAAAUGACUGGUUUUGGACAUCAGGGACAGUUGGAUUCUCAUAAAACACUCAAACAUGGUGGAGUUGUUCUUCCAGGACCAGAAAUACAACCUGGAGAGCAUGUGCUGGUGCAUCUUGAUUUCAAGGGAGCUCCUCCAAAGAUCUCCUACCUCAAGAAGCUAUUUCCUCUCAUCAAAGAGCUUGGUGCAACAGGAAUUAUGAUUGAAUAUGAAGACACAUUUCCAUUCUGGGGGGAACUGAAGAGGUACUCCAGUUCAACAGAAAAGUACUCAAUCCAUCAAGUUUCUCAGAUUGUUGCUUCAGCAAAGCAACUCAAUCUCAUCAUUAUCCCAUUAGUGGACACCAUUGGCAACCUUGAUUGGAUCCUCAAACAUUCAGAUUUUGGACCUUACAGAGAAAUUCCCACAAAUCCUCAGACUCUUUGUCCAAGUAAAGAGGCUGGAUUUGAGCUCAUUAAGGCAAUUAUUGAUCAAAUCCUCACACUUCACAAUGAGUCCAACUGGAUUCACCUUGGAGGAGCUGGAGCUCAAAGCAUUGGGGAAUGCCGGGUUUGCAAGGAGAGAACUGCAAGAAGAAAAUGGUCAAGAGAGGACUUGUAUCUUGAUCACAUGUCCAAAAUUGCUCAAUAUGUGAAAGUCAAGUAUGACAUGCAAGCCAUCAUCUGGGAUGAUGAACUCAGAUCCAUAAGUCAUGAGAAGCUAUCAAAGUCUCCUCUAACUGACCUGAUUGAGCCUAUGAUCUUAAACUACAAGGAAUCAAAACCUGGAGACAAUAGCACUUUGGACCUGACUUCUUACCAAGGAUCUUUCAAGUAUAUCUGGGGAGCAGGUGCCUUCAAAGGGGCAGAUUCUGUGGAUUCACUAUUCCCCUCUUACGAGGGAAGGCUGAAGAAUAUUUUAGAAUGGGUUCAGUUCAUCCGGAAAACAGAGGGAACCACUUCCUUGUCUUUCAGAGGAUUUGUUUUGAUUGGACGACAAAGCUAUAUUUCAACGCAUAUAUUUUGCAGGUUCUCCCACUUUUCCACACUUUGUGAACUGCUUCCAGUGUCUCUCCCAGUGCUUGGGAUGAUCCUACAAGUGGUCAAAGGAUCUCCUCCUACAUCCAGCGCAGUUAUUCAAUACCUCACAGAUGUGUUCUCCUGUCCAAGUCUUUUUGAAGAGCUGGCAAAAGCUACUGAAGACAAUAAUCGAGCCAAUUUCCACAAAAAUUGCAAAUUUGAUGGCUCGCAAAUCUUCUCUCUUGCCUUGAGCAUUCAUUCAGCACGUGCCAAUCUGGACACACUGGAAAACAGCCAGUCAGUGAAGGGCUACUGGACCAAAUACAACCUGGAUAAUGGAUUUGUUUCUCCAAUGACCAUGAGUCAAUUAGACGUUAUUAAGACAUUUUUAGAAAUUAAUGACACCAUGACGCGGAUUUUACAUUCCUCUGAAGCUGUUUUUGGAGAAGUUUAUGGUCCAGACACAGUGUAUGAGCUCUUGGAUACUUUCGUGAUACCUUUGACGUCUCGGGCCAGGAAGUGGGCAGCCAUUGCAAGGAAUGUGUCCACUUUUGGGGUCAGUUCCGGGGGUUUCCGGGGUUGGAAAUCGAGACCUGUGCACCACAAUGGGCCGAGUCUUGGACACCUUGCUGAGGAUCUGUGA